AAAAUUACCGGAAAAGGACCACAAACAGUUAAAAAACAUUAGUCAAGUAUCAAAAGUGGACAAAGUGAAAGACGUGAACUAAAAGUAGAAUUGACACAAAACUCGUAGGACGAAAAGUGGAAUAUGACCCCCUCCAUAUUUACUUUCUAUAGCGGGUUUACUUAGAACCCGUUAUUAACACUUUUUUUAUAUAUAAAUUUGCCCCUCCCAAUUGGACAUAUUUUCAUGAAUCAGACUCUACAUCAACAUAUUAUUAUGGCUCUUAACCAACUCAUAUUAAAUGCUGGUUAUAAAAUGCAUACCGUGACCCUUUGUUCCAAAUUGAAGUCGCAAACUUCAUUAGCACAUAACUAUGAUGGGGGUAUUCUGGGAUCUGUCCCACCUCCUAUUGUGUGUCAGAUUUGUUUCUCUACAGGUCACUCCGCACUUGCAUGUCCGUCCCGUUUUUCUCAGCCGUCUGCCCCAGCACUGAUGACUAAUUCGGGGGAAACUAACUCUGCUUUGUGGUAUCCCGACUCGGGAGCUUCUGCUCAUAUGACGACAUCUGACGGACAAAAUCUCGGGAGCAGUACUUCUUCAGGCUUCCAGUAGUGGACCACUCUAUCCUGUCAGUCUGCCGUCUUCAUCGUCUCUAGCCUUAGCAUCUGUGUCUGCUCCGGGUCCAGUUUGGCAUCGUAGAUUAGGUCACUGCGGUGACACAGUUUUGCAUUAUCUUAGAAACAAUAAAUCUUUAUGUAAUAGCUCUAGCUUUACUUAUGACUGUGUUCCAUGCCAUUUAGGAAAAUCACAACGUUUUCCCUUUUCUGAUGUUACUCAUACUUCUGUUUUUCCAUUGCAAUUAAUUCAUUCUGAUGUGUGGCAGUCUCCCGUGCCAUCAAAUUUGGGAUUUAAAUAUUAUGUGUUAUUUAUUGAUGAUUAUUCUAGAUUUACUUGGAUUUACCCCAUGCAUCGCAAGAGUGAAGUUUUUAUGCAUUUUAAAAUUUUCAAAUCUUUGGUUGAAAAUCUUUUUAAUCAUAAAAUUAAAAUUUUUCAAAGUGAUGGAGGGGGUGAG